AUUCACUCGAUAGCAGCGAAUUCGCUCGGUUCGGUUGGCUAGAAGGCGCGCGCUUUGUUUUAUUAUCCACAAUCCACAUUAUCAGCGGCAUUAUCGUUACUGAAUGCACUCGCAGUGGCCGCGCGAAUAUCCGGCAGUGCGACUCCACUUCCAUCUAAAUCUGAAUCCGAAUCUGAAUCACAAUUUGAGUUUGAAUUUGUAUUUGAAUUUCGAGCGGCAUUCGUGAGAUUGUUUGGGAACCGCGCGCUCGUCGCUGUCGUCGGUCGUUCGGUCAGCAAAAGCAGCAGCAGCAACAAUAAACCCAAUAGAAAUAAACAUAAAAAUAAAAAUAAUAAUUGUAAUAACAAUAAGUAUAAGCAUAACAGUAAUCGUAACGCUAACGAGCCCUCGAUAGUGCCCCAGAAAUCCAAACAAGUGGAAGUUCCCGUGCGACUCGAAUGAGUGCAGAGCAAGUGCAAUUGGAAUCGAAAUUAAAUGAAAUUUAGGCCGCCACCAAAUCGCAACAAAGUAUACGAAACAUUUGUGAACAUUUGUGAAUAUUAAAAUUUAAUUAUAGUACUAUGCCAGCGGAAAGUGCAAUAUUUAAAAUAGGAUAAUUCCAUCAAGUGCUACCGAAAAGUGUAAUCAACUCAAAUCAACUCAAUCAGAACCGAAUUAAAUCUCGUCUGAACAAAAUUAACUAAAAUCCACACGCCUAACGUCCAUCUCGAUCUCGAUCUUUAUCCCGAUCCCGAUCCCGAUCCCCGAGGAAGGAUCAGCUACUUCAAGGAGCUGCCAGCAGCAGCAGCCCAACCGCCAAGAUUCUCACCGCCAGCAGCAGCAUGAACUCGUACUUUGAGCAGGCCUCCGGCUUCUACGGCCAUCCGCACCAGGCCACGGGCAUGGCCAUGGGCUCCGGCGGCCACCACGACCAGACGGCCAGCGCCGCCGCGGCCGCCUACCGGGGCUUUCCCCUCUCGCUGGGCAUGUCGCCGUACGCCAACCACCAUCUGCAGCGCACCACCCAGGACUCGCCCUACGACGCCAGCAUUACGGCCGCCUGCAACAAGAUCUACGGCGACGGGGCCAGCGCCUACAAGCAGGACUGCCUCAACAUCAAGGCGGACGCUGUCAACGGCUACAAGGACAUCUGGAACACGGGCGGCUCCAACGGCGGCGGCACAGGAGGCGGAGGGGGCGGUGGCGGUGCCGGUGGCAAUGCAUCCAACGGAUCGAACGCGGGUAAUGCCGCCAACGGACAGAACAACGCCGCGGGCGGCAUGCCCGUGCGCCCAUCCGCCUGCACCCCCGACUCGCGCGUCGGUGGCUACUUGGACACAUCGGGCGGCAGCCCCGUCAGCCAUCGCGGCGGGAGCGCCGGGGGCAACGUAAGCGCCGGCGGCGGGGGCCAAAGCGGCCAAAGCGGCGCCCCAGGCGUGGGCGUCGGUGUCGGAGUGGGCGUGGGCGCCGGGGCGGGCACCGCCUGGAACGCCAACUGCACCAUCUCGGGCGCCGCGGCGGCCCAGACAGCAGCCGCCAGCAGCUUACACCAGGCCAGCAAUCACACAUUCUACCCCUGGAUGGCUAUCGCAGGUGAGUGCCCUGAAGAUCCGACCAAAAGUAAGAUAAGAUCUGAUUUAACACAAUACGGCGGCAUAUCAACAGACAUGGGUAAGAGAUACUCAGAAUCUCUUGCGGGCUCUCUUCUACCAGACUGGCUAGGUACAAAUGGUCUGCGAAGACGCGGCCGACAGACAUACACCCGCUACCAGACGCUUGAGCUGGAGAAGGAGUUCCACACGAAUCACUAUCUGACCCGCAGACGGAGAAUCGAGAUGGCGCACGCCCUCUGCCUGACGGAGCGACAGAUCAAGAUCUGGUUCCAGAACAGGCGAAUGAAGUUGAAAAAGGAGAUACAGGCGAUCAAGGAGCUGAACGAGCAGGAGAAGCAGGCGCAGGCGCAAAAGGCUGCGGCGGCAGCAGCCGCGGCGGCGGCCGUCCAAGGCGGACACUUAGACCAGAAUUAGGCGGAAUUACAAAAUACAAAUACAAAGCAACUCUAUAUUGUAACAAAAGAACUAUUUACUUAAAUGAAUAAUAUUUAAAUUGCGAUGGUAAUGUGCGAAUACGAAACUAAUCUAAAGGCAUUAUUUCAAGCGUUUGAGAAGCAACCGAAAAUACGUAAAACAAAACUACAAACUAAUUAAAUAGAGUAAGUAAACAAAAGUAGUGGAAGAGCGCAACGCAGGCGGAUUACAAACCUACUUAGAAGUAAAACUAAAAAAUACAAAAUAUACGAGAACGAACACAAUUUUAAUUUAGUUUCAAACAAACAAGAAUGGAAAUUGAUUCGCGGCGUAAGAUUAUGUUUAUAAAAAUACAUACAUCUGUAUGUAGAAGGUCUUUCCAAAUUCGAAACCCCUGCCCCGCCCACCCCUUUGUUGCUUACAGGUAUGUUUAAAUUAUGUUUCGCGAAAAUACUCAAAAAUACAAAAAUAAAAAACUACGAAUAUAAAUGUUGAAAGAAAGCAUAGUUCUGUUGAUAUGAAUUUUUUGGUAAAAAACAAGUUUUAAACCAAUUUAAAGAUAUGUAUGUAACAGAAGGAAAACAAAACAAAAAUGAUUGAAAAGCAACCUAUUAAAAUGUAACUUAAAUAUAAAUAGAAUUUGUUAGCAAAGUAAAAUAUUACGAGAGGGAAACCGAAG